GGAGAGCAGGGAGAGAGAGGAGAGACGGGUCAAAAGGGAGAUCUUGGAGCUGAAGGACCUACUGGACCACAGGGACCAGUUGGAGAGAGUGGGGACCAAGGAAUAAGGGGACCACAAGGACACACAAGGACAACCAGGACCAACUGGAGAACAUGGAGCUGUUGGACCACAAGGACCACAGGGACCGAAAGGAGAACGUGGGUUUCAGGGAGUGGGAGGGACCGGUGGGACUCAAGGACCAGUGGGACCUCUGGGACCAGAGGGACAACCAGGGAGGGUUGACAUUUGUGGACAAACCUAUGUUAGGUGGGGGAGGACCACUUGUGCUGAGAAUCAAGGAACUGAACUGGUGUAUUCAGGGAGAGCUGGAGGGAGCUGGUGGAGUCAGACUGGUGGAGCUACCAACUAUCUCUGUAUGCCCAAUGACCCUGACUACCUUCGGUUUGAUUCUAGUGUUCAGGGACACAACUACAUCUAUGGGGUGGAGUAUGAACCAGCAUCUGGGCAACCACUACGGGUACAGCCUGAUGUUCAUGCUCACAACGUACCAUGUGCAGUGUGCAUGGCGUCUCGAUGUUCUUUGCUCAUGA